AUGCUUGAGCUGCUUAAUCAGUUGGAUGGUUUCGAUUCACGUGGUGAUGUGAAGGUACUGAUGGCGACUAAUCGAAUUGAUUCGUUGGAUCCGGCGCUGAUACGACCUGGCCGUAUCGAUCGCAAGAUUGAGUUCCCGCUACCGGAUGAGAAAACGAAACGACGCAUCUUUCAGAUCCAUACGUCGCGAAUGACAUUAGCCGAUGAUGUCAACCUCGAUGAAUUUAUUGCCGCUAAAGACGAAUUGAGUGGCGCAGAUAUAAAGGCGAUGUGCACAGAAGCAGGCCUCUUAGCGUUACGGGAGCGGCGCAUGCGUGUUACAAUGGAUGACUUUAAAAAAUCUAAAGAAAGUGUUUUGUACCGGAAGAAGGAAGGAGCGCCGGAGGCGCUAUAUUUAUGA